AUUGGACAGAUCGUAUCCAUUGUAACUUUCCAGUGAAGUCAUCGCUCCGGUAAAUUUCAGUGAUAUCUUAUCGAUUGUUAUUGUCUAUCGUGAUCCAAAACCUGUAAUCGAAAUAUCAUCAGUAAAAUCGUAUGAAGGAUUUAAAUAACACCCCUCUUUGAAAAGUAUUGAUCACUUGUAUAUGUGACUUUUUGAUAUUGGUUACGUAAUAACCACUCUGAAAUUAUUCGUCAUCCCUAUUUUCGCUGCACCAGAACUGGAAAUUCAAACUAGAUUUAAAAUAAAAGACAGAUCGCUGGUAGUAAGUAAACAACUCAACACACAAAAACAUUAAAAAUAAAUCUCAGCCUGAUGUUUGCCCGAACUAUUACUCGUGUGCUUGUUGAGGUAUUCGUAUUCGCGCGAAACUCAAGGAACAACCCAAACUAGAUUUCAAUCAAGAAUUCCUUUCUUUCAAGUUCCAAGAUGUUGUUACCAUGAACAUGAUGAGAUGUUAAGAAGAAAAGUCAAUAAGUCAUCUCUUCUUUCGGGCAAAAUGUGGCAGUAAUAAAAAAGGUUCCAAGAUUGUGUUACCACGAACCUGAUGAAAUGCUAAUGAGAAAAGUCGAUAAAUCAUCUCCUCUUUCGGAAUAAAAGUGGCAAGAACAAGAAAAGCUUGAAUUUUGAAAGACCCACAGUCCCAACUUCAACAUACAACGUAUCUGGAUGGAAUCGAGAACCAUGAAAUAAUAAAUUCUGAAAUACAUCUGCUUAGAAAUUUUUAAUCACGCUAUAAUUCUGAUUAUUUAGUAGUUUAUAUGUGUGAAUAUUGUUACUCACAUUCAAAAAGGAGUAAUUUUAUUCUUAUGACCCAUGUUAUAAAAUAUUCUUCCACAAAUUGCAUUCAAAGUUUUUCCUUUUGAUUCGUCUAAAAAGUAAUAAAACUUCAUUUUUGUCAUAUAUGGUCAAAGGCAUUUAAAUUAUAUUCAUCGUGAAAAUUUUAUUGGCAAACUGCAAUUUAAGAGAUGCCUCAUGCUCAUGAUAUGCAGACCGAAAUGUUUUAAAAACGGGAUUUUCUCAUUGACCACCAGCGGAGAAACGAUAUGCAAAUGUUGUGAUAUUUUCCCAGCUUCCGAAUUUAAAGGAACAAUUUACUAGUGCAUGCUAAACAGAAACCACAUACGUUCGACAUUUGUAGUAAAGCAUUUUUGUUCAACAGUCAUAUUUAAAAAUUCAUUUAAUAUCGCAUACAAUUGGGGAAUCCAACGCUAGCAACUUUUGCAACAAAGUCUUUUCUGUGAUUUACAAUUUCAAAAGACAUUUAUGGACGCAUAAACAAAAGAAAAUGUUUAAAUGCGAGUUUUGCAAGAAAACCUUUUCACGUAACUAUAAUUUAAAAGUACAUUUACGUACGCAUACUGGAGGAAAACCGUAUACAUGUGAUAUUUGUAACAAAGGCUUUUCGGAGGAUUGGAAUUUAAAAAGACAUUUACGUACGCAUACGGGAGAGAAACCGCACGCAUGUGAAUUUUGUAACAAACUCUUUUCGGAUAAGAGUAGUUGCAAGAGACAUUUACGUACCCAUACUGGAGAGAAGCCGUAUGCAUGUGAAUAUUGUAACAAAUUCUUUUCAACUAGGGAGAGUUUAAAAAAACAUUUACGUACGCAUACGGGAGAGAAACCCUAUACAUGUGAAAUUUGUAACAAACACUUUUUGGAUAAGGAGAGUUUCAAAAGACAUUUGGUAAUGCAUAACGGAAAGAAAUUUUUUACAUGCGAGUUUUGCAAGAAAUCCUUUUCGCAGAACGCUUAUUUGAAAGUACAUUUACGUUCUCAUACUGGCGAAAAACCAUAUACAUGUGAAUUUUGUAACAGAACCUUUUCGGAUAAGGGGAAUUUCAAAAAACAUAUACGGAUGCAUAUGGGAGUGAAACCCUAUUCUUGUGAAUAUUGUAACAGAUGCUUUUCGGAUAAGGGGAAUUUGAAAAGACAUUUACUAACGCAUACGGGAGAGAAAUAUUUUUCAUGUCAGUUUUGCGAGAAAUCCUUUUGCCAGAGCGGAUACUUAAAAGUACAUUUACGUACGCACACUGGAGAGAAACCGUAUGCAUGUGAAUUUUGUAAGAAGCCCUUUUCGGAUCAGAGGAUAUGGAAAAAACAUUUACGUACGCAUACUGGAGAGAAACCGUAUACAUGUGAUAUUUGUAACAAACUCUUUUCGGAUAAGACGCAUUUAACAAGACAUUUACGAACGCAUACGAAAGAGAAACCCCAGCCGCAUGAGACUUCUGCAAUAUAAGAUAUUCUCAUUCCAUUUCUUUAAAGAAACUUUUACCAGAGCAUAUCAUAGAAAAUGAAUGAAUUAUAUACCUCUCGUGUUCAAGAAAGCGUAUGUUAAUAUGAGAAAUUUACCUCAUCUUAAAGAGAAAGACUUAUAAUAAUGAUUUUAAAGUAAGUUUAUGUUUCAUAAAACAAGGACCAAAAAGGGUUAUUAUUUUACUCAAAUAUGUUGAAAUAAACUCUUCUAGAACUUUGUUUUUUAUUGCAUAGCGUAUGAUGCAUAUUCAUUGUUAUUAUUCGAGUAAUUCUUUUUCUUAAAUGAAUAUUUCAACUUUGCAGGGCUCUUGAAGAAAGCAAAACAACGUAUAAUCUUUUUUAUCCGAAAUUAUAAAUUCAAGUUGAAAAUUUAGACGAUGCCGUUAUAAAUGUUUUUCAGAAGUACCUCCCAAAAGACGAACAAUAUCAAGACGAUACGAUAACUCAUCUGAUACCCUUUCAGUUUUUCCAAUAUCAUACUUUGAAACCUUGCAGAUAUGCAUGUCUUAAAUUUGUCAGCAUCAAAUGAUAGAAGGGAAACAAGCACCUGCAGUUUGUUGUAGAGCCAUAUUAGCUUAUUAAUUUUGAAU